GCACAUGGCACUUUCUCCGUAAAAUGCUGCCCCAUAACUGGAGAAAAUGAGUGGAGGUUCAAAUCAGAGAACUUUGUUCCAGACUUGGGGAGCCCCCGUUCCUCAAAACAAAGCUGCUCCACCGAAAAAAGAUGGUAAAAAGUCCGCCGGAGUGCGCAAAGGAAGCUCAAGCAACUCCGUCCAGGUAGCAACAGCACAUCCUCCCAGAAAUCCUCUAUGGACUGAAAUAGGGCAAGAUAGUUCUGAGAACCCGGUGAGGACUGGAGGCGAGGUACCCGAAAAUGAAGAUGACGACGAUGAUCUGAUGGUGGUGGCUGUGUAUGAAGCUGAAAGGAGCCUGCAGCUUGACAGUACUAACUUGUGUCAACCCCCAGCCCUCCCUGCUGCUUCUUCAAGCACACAGACUUACCCAGACCUCCCUGGGUGUGACAGCUCUUCUGCUAAGGUGUGGAUUUAUCCAACCAACUACCCACUCAGGGAGUACCAGCUGAAGAUGUCAGAGGUCGCCCUGUUUCAGAACACACUUGUGUGUCUUCCUACUGGGCUGGGGAAAACCUUCAUAGCCUCUGUGGUCAUGUACAACUUCUACCGCUGGUAUCCAGCAGGGAAGAUUGUGUUCAUGGCUCCCACCAAACCUCUAGUGGCCCAGCAGAUUGAGGCCUGUUAUAACGUGAUGGGAAUCCCUCAGGCACACAUGGCCGAGCUGACAGGUAGCACAGCUGCAAAGCAGAGACAAGACGUGUGGAGGUCCAAGCGUGUCUUUUUCCUCACCCCUCAGGUCAUGGUGAACGAUCUGUCCAGGGAAACCUGCCCGGCCAAACAGAUCAAGUGUGUGGUGAUUGAUGAGGCUCAUAAGGCACUUGGAAACCAUGCCUACUGUCAGGUGAUCAGACAGCUCUGCAGCCAGACUCUACAGUUCCGUGUCUUGGCUCUCAGUGCCACUCCAGGAGGCGAUACAAAGUCAGUGCAGUCUGUGAUCUCCAAUUUACUCAUUUCCCAUAUUGAGCUGCGUUCAGAGGAGAGCCCAGACAUCCAGGCUCAUUCCCACCAGCGCAGUGUGGACAAAGUGGUGGUUCCUCUGGGCGAGGCCCUUUCAGCUCACCAGGCACGCUACUUGCAGGUGCUGGAGAAGUUUAUGUCUCGUCUUGUUCAGAACCGAGUGAUGUCCCACAAGGACCUGCGGACUCUCAGCAAGUACCAGAUCAUUCUCGCCAGGGAUCAGUUCCGCAAGAAUCCGCCACCUUCCUUAAAGGGGCCUCAGCAGGGAAUGCUGGAGGGUGACUUUGCCCUUUGCAUCAGUCUGUACCACGGCUACGAGCUGCUGAUGCAGAUGGGCCUCAGAUCGCUCUUCUUUUACAUACAAGGAAUCAUGGACGGGUCCCGAGAGAUGUCCAGGGCGAGGAAUGAGCUUCAGAGGACGCCCACGUUCAUGGACCUUUACCGUGAAAUGGAGGCAAAGUUUGUGAAACCACUCAAUGGCCCGGAUGAGCCAUUUAUUUACAGUCACCCCAAACUGGAGAAACUGGAGGAGGUGGUGUUACGGCACUUCAGAGUGUGGGCUGAGAGCUCGCCAGACAAUAACGGUCCUCAGGGAGUAAGCACACGUGUGAUGAUCUUUUCAUCGUUUCGGGAGAGCGUGCAGGAGAUCGCAGCUAUGCUGGACCGCCAUGCACCGCUGAUCAGGGUCAUGACAUUUAUGGGCCAAGCUUCAGCCGGGAAGGGGGUCAAAGGCUUCACCCAGAAGGAACAACUGGAGGUGGUGCGCAGGUUUCGACAGGGAGGCUUCAACACUCUGGUCUCAACCUGUGUGGGGGAAGAGGGCCUGGAUAUCGGCGAGGUGGACCUCAUUGUUUGCUUUGAUGCUCAGAAGAAUCCCAUUCGCCUUGUGCAACGAAUGGGGCGCACUGGCCGAAAGCGGCAGGGACGCAUCGUUGUCAUUUUGGCCGAAGGACGAGAGGAGAGGACCUACAAUCAGAGCCAGAGCAAUAAGCGUAGCGUGUACAAGUCCAUCACUGGCAACCAAAGGGGGUUCCAUAUGUACCCCAGUAGUCCCCGCAUGCUACCUGAGGGGGUGAGCCCCACUCUGCAUAAGAUGCACAUUACCUGUGGCCAGUUUGACCACGGAGAGACCAGCAGGAGGUCUGUCAGGGGUCGGCGGUCCCACUCUGAAGGACGGACUUCCCUCAUCCACCCUCAAAACCUGAUUCAUCAAGGAGGCUCAACGUCUGAUGGCUUUCUGAGCAGCACAGAAUAUGCUGUGUGGGAGUCCACCAUGAAGCUGGACGAACAUGAAGCUCAUCCAACCCUGAGACCGUCCCACUUCAUGUCAAUCCCCAAUGACCCACCGCUCCAGGAGGAUGUUUCUGGUUAUAAAUCAUCAUCGAGAGAGCUGUCGUUGUGGGAAUGGAGACAUUGGCAGCACAAAGCACUUCCUUCCCAUGUUGUCGAUCACUCCCUUCGCUGCAAUCAUUUCAUUAAGGUGAUGGAACUCAUAGACGGCAUGAGAGAAGAAAAUGAGGGGGAAUGUCGUUAUGAGCAGGAGCUGCUUCCUUACCUCCAUGGUGAUGACACGGGGAAAAGCAGAAGGAAGAAGCAGAAGACCGCAAAGAUCUGCCCCGAAAGCACACGUGAAAAAUCGAAAGCAUCCCGCUCGUCUUUGUCCGAGUUGGAAUACAUCGAUGAGGAAAUGGAGGAGGGGAACACAAGGGCGUUGGACUUAUUGCCCACGUUUGCUGUAAAAAAACAAAGGCUUGCCGUUGCACGUGAUGCCGAAGCACCGUGUAAAGAUGUCACUGAUGACUCAAGGCCCGAAGCAGACCGUUGUAACGAUGAUGAUUGCACCAUUGUUAAUGUCACAAAAGCAGAGCAUACACCAAAAGAUCCUGUAAUUCAAAAUGAUAACUCACAGAUUCCUAAAAACGAUGAAGAUCUUGAGCUGCAGGCUAUGUUCUACCUUCCUAGUUGGGAUUCUGCGCCACUGAUCCACUCUAACAAACUAAGCAGAGACGAGAGUCUGAUGGCCAUCUGCGCUAACGUGGCUGAACUUCUCUCUCGCUCGCCACCUUCAGUGGAUGACAUUUUAGAAGCAGAAGAGGCAGCUCCUCUAAUCCCCUCUCUUCCUAAACCCCUUCACCAGCCCUUCCUAGUGAGCUUUACCUUGGAUGUAGAUGAUGAUGAUGAUGAUGAUGAUGAGGAGGGUGGCGGUGCAGGCUUCAGCCGAGACUCACCAGAAGCGUCACUUCAGAAAGAGGACAGUAAAUACAAGCAGCCUGUGAGUGCAGCCGCCCGCAGUCCCACCUGGGACGAGUUGUUCGAGGAUGAAGAGGUCUCUAAUAAUAAUAAUUUCAGAGAGGAGGGAUGUGAUCACGUGGCAGCUGAGGGAAACAAGGACAUAGAAACUCUCAAUGAUGGCAGAAGUGACAAAAACCAUGACUGGAACAUCAGGACGGAUGAGGUCGUCCUGAACCCGACUGAGGGUGACGUGAAAGACGACGGAGCGUCUCGGGGAAGCUCCCCCAUGGAUGGGAGCAUAGACCUUUUUGAGGACGAUGAAGUUUUCAUGCAGAUGACCAUUCCAGAUAUCCCCACUCCUGAGGAUGAUAUUACACCCCCGACCUCAGCCAAGGCUGAAAACAAUAAUAAUGACACUGAAAAGAUCCCACCACUUUCAUCAGAUAGAUUACAGACUGUACAAAUUAAUACAUUGGCACAAACGAAGCACAGAACUUGUGCUACAAAUGAAACAUUUAUAACCCAAGACAGAUGUAAAACUGCAGACACACCAGUACAAAAUAAACCCACCACAGAUGCAUCUCAUAUCAAAUCUCCAAAAGUACAAGAAAAUCCUGAGCCAGUGAACAUCUCCCAGGACUUCUUCUCCCUCAACUUUGACCUUGGUUAUUCCCUGGAGGACUCUGAGGAUGAAACGGGAGCGGAUGCCGUACCUGAACCGGGUCUGGAACCCACUGUGGCAGCCGUCUCUAACUCCUCUACUCCCGGGUGUUGCACUGAAUCCAAGCCACGAAUGCCGUCAGAAAACAGAUCCUCUAAAAGAGGAGCGCUCCCAUCUCCCAUCGCAGCGGUGGGAGCGAGGCGGACGCUCAUGCCACGUCUCACCAGGCCUGUUUGCUCCAACUUGAAACGACCAGAAGUAGCGGACAACGGCUCACGACAGGAAGCUGCUACUGCGGUCCAGACUCCUCCCCAUCCAGGAGUGUGUGACAGUGACAGUGAAGAGGAGGUUGUGCUUCUCAAAAGAAAACCUCACAACAGAGUCAAUCCUCUGUCGUCCCCGGAAACGUCCAAGAUCUCCAGUGACGUGGACUCGCCGCUGCUGGUGAAAAAGAAACGGGCUUCUGCCCUCGAUACAUCUGAUGAAAUCCAGGGUGAAACUGUUUCUGAUGACGAUUUCCAGAACGACUCCACCUUCACGCACAGAAGCGUGUCUGAGAGGGCUGAGGGGCAUCGGGUCCAACAGGCCAGAGGAAAGAAACAACGUCCGAAAGGUCGUCACUUCCUGGAUGAAGAGGCAGAACUGUCGGAAGAUGAGGACAGGGCCGAUGUUUCAUCGGAUGAGGAGGACGGAGAAGACCAGAAUCAGUCUCUUGACGGCUUUGUGGUCGACAACACGCACCUAUCACAAGGACUGGAUGACUCAGAGAUGCAGGGGGUUUACCUGAAAUCAGUCAGAAGCCCUGCAGUCCAAGGCAAAUUCAAAAUGUCUUACGGAAACAGAAACAUGGACGUUUUUUCCCAGGUGCCUGAGAUGGAUGAGACGUACGCGGAGGACAGUUUUGUGGUUGGCAGCGAUGAGGAGGAGCUGGACAGCAGUGAAGAAGAGGCUGAAGAUGUGGACCUUCUGCCCGAGGCCACGUUUGUGAACGGGAAGAGGCAGUACGCCACCAGGCGCAGGGUUUUCCUGCAUAAAGUCAGAGCAGAAGCCGGCACCAAGCACAGAGCUGAAUCUCCUCCUGGCCAGCGAACUGCACCGAAGACCAAGCGCUCCCGGGUCGUACGGGUAGAUGAUUCUAGUGACGAGGAGGUGGAAGAAGUGACUAAAGAAACAAGUCUCAUCACAGGAGCGAGCAUCAUACCCUUGCAGUCAAACACGGCCCAGGCCGAGUCCAGCAGGCAGAAAACCAUGUCCUCUGCUUCUUCUACUUUAGCAGCCAAGGUGUCGUUGUUGAGGAAAGAACAAAAAAGCUCUGUGAGCGACGAUAAACAGAAGGAGAGGGGGCGCCAGAGUGUAGAGAAUCAACAUCUCCUCUCUGACGAGCUUGACUUUGUGGAGUCAGAGAAACAAUGCCAGUCCGUCCCUGCCACCACCUCGGCGCCUCAGAAGAACUCAUGUCCUGCUCCGCCCGUGUCCGUCUGCAUCCUGGUGGACAGCCGCUGCAUCAGCAGCGGAGUGGAGCUGAUGACCAGCCUGCGCCAGCGGCACGCGGCCACCGUCCACGUCUGCUCGCUGGACGGCAGCUACUUCAUCGUCAGCAACCGCAUGGCGGUGGAGAGGCACAGCCAGGCGGAGCUGGCGGGGAUGCAGAACAGGAAGCGGCUGGCUGAAAGAGUGAGCAGCUUGCAGGGGCUGUUUGAGCGGGUGUGUCUCAUCGUGGAGAAAGACCGAACCAGAGCAGGUGAGGCCUCGCGGCCGUUUCAGCGUACACGUUACUACGACAGCACUCUGGCAGCGCUGGUGCGAACAGGAGUGCGCCUGCUCUGGAGUGACGGCGCUGAGGAGAGCGCUGGAUUGCUGGCGGACCUGGCGCAGCUGGAACGCCGUAAGGGUUGGGGGAUCACCGUGCCGCUGGAGGUCAAAGGGGCGCACAGGCAUCAGGUCCUGCAGCUGUACUCCAGCCUGCCCUCAGUCAGUUACGUCCACGCUCUCAACCUGAGCCACAACUUCAGCUCAGUCGCCCAUCUAAUAAACAGUUCAAUCGAGGCCAUAGAGAAAGGAGGGUGCGUGAGUCGAUUAAGAGCCGAGGAGAUCUACCGCUUCUUACGCUACUCCUGCGAUUCAUUCCUCAUCAACACAUCAAGAGGAAAAAUCAGCUAGCACUGGUGGAAACAUCCCAGGGAACCUUCAAAAUGAUAUGCAUCCCUGACAUUUCAGCCUUCUCACCAGGAACGAGUUUAUCAGUUACUGUGUAACUGGAUGUUUUCAUAUUUCACUUCAGCUACAGAAGCCAAACAUCUUGGUUUGACCUUUUGUUGCUUUUGCACAACUGGAACACCUCAGUAAAAUAUGUAUAUUUAAGUUUCGCUAUCCGUGUCUGUCAAUACGCACACUAAUAUAUCUAAAUCAAGCACUAACAUGUGAAUAACUUAUUGAAAAAAAAUGUAUAUAUUUGUUCCCACCAUAAAUUAACUACAACUGCAAUAUUUGUAAAAUUUCUUUAA